AUGUUUGGGUUUUCUGCCCCUGCAACAUCUACAGCUGCAUCCACAGCUGCAUCCACUACAACAUCCACGGGAUUUGCUGCUGGUUCACUUUUCUCAACUGCAGCAACCACUUCUGCUCCAUCAACAACAACGCAGCCGUCUCUGACUUUCGGUGGUCGAACUGCGACGACCGAAAGUUCUGGCACAGAUGCAGCAAAACUUUCGCUCAAGGGACUUCUUGAAAAGGAGGGAUCAGUUGGAUCAGCAUGUUCCCAACUUCUUGCUGCUCUUACUGCUGACACUGAAAUCAGUUUUGCCGACCUGUCUGCUAUCACACAAAAGAUGACAAUGGAUUUAGCAGCUGAUGAGCGAUCAUUUUUGAACUGUCUGCUUGAGCUAAAUGCGUACGAUCGACAGUUGUGGGAGAACAUGCAACGGAUCACUGAUGUCGAGUCAAAAUUAGUCACCCUAGAGCAGAAACAGGAUAAAAUGAUGUAUGACAUUAGCUCCAUAAAUGAAGAGCAGAAAGCACUCGAUGCCGUCGUCACUGCGUUAGAGAAAGAUCUCGGCCUUCCAGAUUGGACAGAUCAAAAUCAUAGUCUUCCCGUUGAUGCUUUAGCCGCAACCCCUGGAGAUGUAAAGCGACAGCAGCUUCUGCAUCUUCUAAUUAGCGUGGAUUCUCAAAUCAAAGAAGCAGACAGUGAUCUUCAGGAAAUAAUUGACCAGGUAUCUUCCCUCCAUAAAACUAAGUCAGCGAUGUCUAACUCCAAGAAAUAUACUGAAGAUCAAGUAGCGCAAAUUUUGAAAAAUCAGAUGGAAACGCUCAUCUACAUCGAUAAGAAGACAGGAGAACUAGAUGCCAAAGUUGAUGAGUUCAAAGAUGUUAUGGAUGGGCGACACACGACACUUUCUCCUCCAUGA